AUGAAUUUUAAUGAAAUUAUUACGAAAAUUGAGACUUUAGGUAUAGAGUCUAAAAAUGAAUAUAAAAGAGAAAUAGAACAAAUCAUGGCUAGUAAUGAUAAGUAUUUAUUAAUAACUGAUGAUAAAUUAUUUUUAUCUAAUUAUAAGCUGAAAUUUGUAGAUCUUAUACCUUUUAUUAAAGAGACCAGUAAAUUGUGUAUUCAUCCUUCAAAAUUUAUUUUUUUAGCCUGGCAAGGUCUUAUAAAUGUGUACCAUUAUGAUGUUAUUAUAAUAAAUUGUGAGAUAAAAGCAGAUUUUAUACACGCCUUUAAAAUAUUUUAUAUAGAUGGCAUUGCAUAUGAUCUAAAAAAGCCUAAAUGUAUUUCAUUUAUAAAAGAUCCUACAGAUGAUUUCUCUAUUUAUUUUCAAUCUAUUCUAGCCAGUAAGCAAGAUGAUGAUAUAAAAAAUAAUAUAAAAUGUAUUACAAUCUCAUCUAAAACGCCGAAUAAAUUUAUUAAUUACGCAAAAUGUAAAAGAUUACUGAAAAAUACUAUUGAAAAUAAAAAUAGUGAAUUUUAUGUUAAAUUAUUAAAUAGGCUAAGUGAACUAGAAAAAAGUGACAUUUUAGAAGCAAUUGAAUUAAUUAGCAAGUGUAUUAACCAAAGCAAAAUAAGUAGCAUACCACCGACAGAUAAAGAUCUUGAAUAUGGAAAAAGUUUAUCAAUAUUAUUUGAAAAACAAAAAAUAAUUAAAAAUUAUCUUCAGUGCGGUCCAGUGUAUAUUUAUGGACAUAUUGAAUUUGAAAGUAAAGAUGUUUAUUUUAUCAAAGAUUUUAUUUCUUUAGAUGCGGAUUUAGAAGAAUCAACGUUAUUUAUUAUAGAUCCAGUAGAUGAAAAAAUAUUACCUAAAUUUAAAACUAUUAUUUUUUUAAAAGAAAGUGAGUCUUUUCCUACUGCUUUGAUAAAUAAUAUCUGUAAAUUAGAAUCUAUUGAUAAAUUUUAUUCUUAUUUUGUAAAAAAAGAUAAGCAAUAUAACACAAGAGAAGACUCUCAUUACAUAAAUCCUACACUUCCUUGGGAGUAUUCAAUACCUUUUUAUGAACACAUAUUUUAUUUAAUUAAUAGAUUAUUUCAUGAAAAUUAUUUAUUUAUUAGAUGUUUAGUACCAAAUAGAAUAUAUUAUAAUGGUAGCAAGCCUAAUACAUUUAUCUGUUGUCUUGAAUUUCCUAAAAUUGUUAAUAAUAAUGCUUUAUUAGCUACAUUUAAAUCUGAUGAAUUUUCUGUGAAAAAGGAUGCCAAUAAAGAUGCGUGCUAUAGAUUUAUUAUAAAAUUGGUAGAGUCGGGAUAUUUAGACAGCAAUUUUUUGCCUGUAAAAAGUAAAUUUAUUAAUGAAAAUCUUUUUUACAUCAAAAGUAUAAAAAAGAUCUAUGAUAUUGAUUUUCAAUCAUUAGAAGAGGCAUAUGUACUUAUAAAUAAUAUAAAAGAUGGAUAUGAAGAAUAUGACAAGUUUAAAAAAGAUUAUUAUUUCGAUAUAACACAAAAAAAUUUUCCUUUUUUUGAUCCAGAAGAAGUUUUAAGAAAGCAGGCCGAUUGCUUUAAAUGCUUUUCUGAUACAAUGAGUUUAUAUUUGUUUAAUAAUAGUAAUAUUGGAAUUUGUACAGGUGAAACAUUUACAGAGAAAGUUAACUAUAAAAAUACAGAAGUACGAUUUAUAAAAAGAAUAAGUUUUACACAACACGAAAAAAAUAUAAUUUUAAAUUUUCAAGUUGUUUUUUUCGGUGUAAAUUUUAAGCGCAUUACGUGUAGUCAAACUGUAGGUCGGAAAUAUGCUUAUUAUGUGUUGCCUAUAAAAAAUUUAGAGAUUGAUUUUGAAUACAUGAACGAAUUGUAUGAAAACUUCUUUUUUGGGAGUGUAUACGAUGUUAAUAAUCAUAGUAUUCUUAACAACUAUUUAUUAUUUAAUCCCAUUACUAAGUUAUUUUAUGAAUAUGUAGAAGAUACAGAUAAAAAAUUUACAGAUAUUACAAAUUCUAAGAUUAAAAAUCGUAAAAAUUUAGAUUUAUCGAAAAAAGAAUACACAUUUUUAGAGUAUUUUAUAUUUUUGUAUGGAAUUAAUUUAUCGAAUAGCGGUAAAAAUAAAAAUGUCAUUUUUACUGCUGUACCUUUUUCUCAUAAAAAAGAAAAAGAACCCGAAUUUCAUGCUUGUGAAAUAAUUUACGUGACAGUUGUUAAGAAAAGUAUAAAGAGUGAUUAUAAAAGAUUUGUAGAAUAUUUUAACAUAUUUGAAAUAUUGGCAUUAACUUACGAAUUUAAAGUUAAUAUGAACUUUUCUAUUUCUCAUUCUAACUUAGCGAUAUCUUUUACUUUGCAAGAUUCUUUGAAUGGACAGCAAAAUGAUUUAGGAUAUGAAAGAUUUGAGUUUAUUGGGGAUUCAGUAUUAAAAUAUUCUGUCAGUAAAUUUUUAUUUACUGAAUGUGGAUAUAAUCUUAAUAAGCUUGUAAGCACUAAAGAUGGUUUAGUUUGCAAUGAUCAUUUGUACAGAGUUGGCCGACAGAUAAAUUUACAAAAAUAUUUUUCACUUAAUAGAUAUACAGAACAUCUAUUUCAACCACCUGCCAUUCUCGAUUUAGAAUUUGAUAAAUCUCUUAUAGAAAGUCUAAAUUUAAAAAAUUUAUUUCAGAAUAAUAAUCAGUAUAAUUUUGUUAAGUUGUACAGUAGAAAACAAUCUCAAGAUACAAAUUUAGAAAAAGGUAAAAAAGUCUAUGCUGAUAUAGUCGAGUCAUUGAUUGGGGUUCAUUAUAUAGAACAGGGAUUUCAAAAGGCAUGGAAUUUUAUUAAAAGUAUAGGUAUAUUAGAAAAUCAUGGAAGUAAAAGACAUAGUAAUAAUUUUAUGACUAAAACACCAAAUAUAAUUCUACUAUGUGAAUAUGAAGGAAUAUUACCUCUUGCUAAUAUUUUAAAAGUAGAAAAAAUUAUUAAUUACACAUUUAAGAAUAAAGGAUACAUUGAAAAAGCCAUGAUACAUCCUUCGUAUAAAGAUAAUAUUUUUGGCUCAGAAAGAUUUCAAAAAUUAGAACUUGUAGGUGAUUGCUUUCUUGAUCUUAAAGUAUCUGAUUAUAUUUUUUUUAAAUACACGGAUGCUGACCCAGAAACUCUCCAUACACAUCGAAAAAGUCUUGUUAAUAAUCACACAUUUGCAAUGAUUCUAUUUAAAUCUGGACUCUACGACUUCUCCUUUACUGGAUUAAGCGAUCAAACAAGAGAUUUUAAUAAUAAUAAAGUAAGUAAAUGUUAUGGUGACAUUUUUGAGGCACUAGCAGGUGCAGUAAUUUUAGAUUCUGAGUUUGAUUUCGAGAUGACAGACAUGUUUUUUAAGACAGUACUAAAACUCAUGACUGAAAAUGUUUAUGAAUGCUAA